AUGAAUGAGAUUGAGAUGGAUGAACUUGCAACAGAUAAUUCUUUAUCUGUUGGACCAAAAGACGUACCUCUCAAUUCAAAUCCGACGACAGUCGAGUCUCAUUCCGUAUUAACGCCACCUGUAAAUAAAAAGCACAAUUGGUAUAAACGACUUGCCUCUACGGCAGUGUUUGUUAUCCUUCUUUUUAGUUAUCUCUUUUGUUACAUCUCGUUAGAAGACGUUGAAGAGAUGGAAGUGUUUAAGAAGGGUAUAGUAGGUGGGUUUGUCCUCAUUCUAUUGAUUAUUAUGUUCUUCACCUUUCAAGCCAUUUUACUCUUACCAACCAUCCAACGACUUAUUCACCGGAUUCCUUAUUUGGACCGUGUUAUGGCGUUCUUUUACAAGAAUUACAAUCACCAAACCUUUGUAUUCAAAUUGCCGAACUUGGACAAAAUGAUCGAGCGAAUCCACAACGAUCCCCCUGUCGAAAAGGUCAAUCGGACUCCGAUUAAUACGAUCAUCCACUCGUACAGAUCAUUUAUUAAAACACACACAACAACUAUCAAAAUAUUCACCGUGACACUCUCGAUCGUGGCAAUUUGUUUUUCCCUCGCGCUCAUAUAUCUUGUCGUACAACAAACAGAAACAUUUAGAAAUGCUUACAUACAAACAUUCAUCAUAUCCGCUUUGAUCAUUUCGUACGUUCUAAUUUGCUUAAUUGUGCAGAUCAAAAUUGUCGAAAUUAUCGUUAUCGUGUUACAUUCACUAUUUUACGUGUUUUACAAACGAAUCGUCGUCGCCCCAUCAAUCUUUAUUGCGUUAUCUAUGCUCUCCGUCUCGACGGCUUUGUUCCUUUCAAAAGUCCCAACAACAUCAACAACAGUUUUGGAAUGGUUCCACACAGCAAUUUAUUCGUCGACGUUUGCAGUGACCAUGCUACUCUUUACAUUGUUUGUGGUGGGAUUUGUGUUGUUUCAAAGUCGAUUCAAAUGUUCUGACUUUGGGAAAGUUAUGCGGAAGUAUUUGCGCUCGAUAUUUAUCACGCAUUGGUGCGCAACGUUGACAUACACGACAUUCUUAUUACUGUUUUUGAUCAGUGCGGCCAGCUCUUGGUGUUUAACUGUUAUGACCUUCAGUAAACUGAACGUCCCAAAUUCAUUCAACUCCAUCGAAAACACUAACACAAUUAAUAUCGAAAAUGUGCCAGUUAUAACAAGACCACUCUCACAAAUCACUUUUGGCUGUGGAAUUGACAAUUACUACCGAGCUGAAUACACUAAACCGACUAUUCUAACACCAACAAUGGACUUUUCAAACUAUUUGCAGUUGUCAGUUACAUCACAAGAUUACUACCACAUCACAAGUUCACAUAUUCCAAUGAAUGGCGUUAUUUUGUUCCCUUCAGAUAUUUUGGAAGAGAAGAAUAAGACGAAACAAUACCGCGUUGUUGCUAUAUUACCCGAGCAUUUGGGCAAUUUGGUGAGUGGCGAUAUUGGAUAUCGAUAUCUCCAGGAAACCUUUGCGCAAAACGAUUUGAUUGCGAUUUCAAUCGACUCGACAUUUUUCGAUAAAGACGCCAGUGGUAACUGGAUUGUUGUUAAAAACAGCAACGCAACACAACGCGAGAGAUACAUAGAAGUAAGGAGUUUACUUGCACUCAACACACUCAAUUACUUAGAAACAGAACUGAACAAGUAUUUCAAUGUUACCAUUUGGGUCGAAAAAUUUGGGCUGUUUGGUGAUAGAACGGGCGGGAGUGUUGGGAUCAAAAUGGUGGAGACGCUCAAAGACAACGUCGCAUAUCCUUUGUUAUACAAAAAUGCGAUUCAAAAGAACUUACAAGUGGUUUCAUUCAGUGGCCUUUCAAUACAAGAAAUUAUCAACAAAACGUUAUUCAGUGACAUCUGUUCAUAUUUUAUCGAAGUUGUGCCUUCAAUUCCAGCAUAUCCAAAACCAUUUUUGGUGAGUUACAGUCACUUCCCAGAACAGGAUAUAAAUCUCCACAAUGAGACCACUGAAAGUAGCGAAAACAUUUUAAAAAAUGAAGUGACUUUGUUAUAUACAGGGGCUUUGAUAAUCCAACGUGGGAAUGCAAACAACUAUAAUAGCGAAUAUGUCGAGGAGGACAGUGGCAUUUUAAUCGACAAAAUAUUCCCUUCUACACAGCACUAUAUGGAAAAAGAGGAGUUGCAAUACACAGUUUCUCUCUUUGUGGGGAGCCACUUCAUUUGCAAUUUGAACGAGCGGUGUUUCAAUUAUCAAAUGUUAAGAGACUUUAAAAUAGCAGACGAAGUGCUUCCAACGACGUCGGCGUAUUUCAACACGUACAAAAGUAACAAAGACAUUUUACUCGACUCGAAUGGAACACUUUUCCACAACGUCACAUCGUCCACAAAUGCGGAAUUCGUUGGGUUGUUUUACCAAAAUGCGUACCAACAAUUACAUCGAAACAUGAAGUGCCAAACUCUGUGUAAGUACACUUUAACUUUAGGAAACAAAAUAAGCGCCUUAGGACUGAAAUUCGACUUUUUCCAAAACAACGCAUCUUCAGAAUUUAACAACUACUUGUAUAUCAGGUAUAACACAGACACUAUUGUUGAGCUUUCAAAGUUUAAGUACGUUGGCAUUCCUCAAGACGAUGAGAGCACGGCCAAAUUCAAGUUGGGGAAAUUGCACUUUUUGCAGACGUUUGAGUUCGACGUUUUUGAAAAUGAAACGAGUGUUUACAUCGACGAGAUAACGUUAGUAUUUGUUGGGGAGGUCUUGCUUGACAACGUCGCUAUUUACAACUAG